AUGAUCUUUUGUGAUUGGGCUCAAACUGCAAAAACAACUGUUGAGGUGGCCGAGACUGAAGCUCGCAAAGCUUUCAAGAAUAUUCCAACAAAUCUUGUUUCAUCCCUCCAUGGAGUUCUUGUCACAGAGCGGAUUGAGUCUGAACGCUGCCAUGAAUUGCUCCGCCAGGAACUUCUAUCUAUUGAUUCCACAACUAGCAAGACAAAGAAUUGGCUGCAAAAAUGGAAGCGUGAAUCAGUAUCGAUAAUAGGUGAAGCAAUUCUGUUAUCAGCCAAUACAAAUUCUCCCAACUUCCGGACCCUUGGUGCUGCUUCACUGUCCUACCCAUUGUUAGGACCUGCACCUUCUUCACUAUCAGCUCUACAGCAUCACCCCGCAUUGACCUCCAUCGUCCAACCAACCUCCACUGCAGCUUCUUUUGCACCGCUUAAUCCUGGAGUCCUCAUUCAACCAAAUUCUCCAAAUGAUUCUCUCAAUUCAAAUGAGCAGAGAUCAUGGACGGAACUGAUACAGAGGUAUGGAGAGGCUAAGCUUCACAAACAUAAACCUUGGGAAUGGAAUAGUGAAUGCAAGGAACAUCUACCGUCCUACAGAUAUCAGAAACCGUCCACACUUUGUGAAUACUGGGAGGAGCUGACAAUAGGUUUGAAUGGGUACAUCUCGAUACAGGAGUUGAACAAUUGGUGGGAGGCCCACUGGCGACAGAAUAUCAGUAGAUUGAAAACAGACAAGUGCCGGUAUGAUCGAGUUGAGCAGCUCAUCAAUACACUCAGGUCGCAGGACAACUGGACUAUCAAUCUUGUCUAG